AAACGUAAUGACGUCAUGCGUCGUGCUGCCGUUAGCAACGGCGGAGACUGGAGCGGGAAGAAUAUAACUGCAACUGCUGUUUGCGCCGACAAAAGUUCUUGAUGUGACAAUCAGGUUGGAAUGUACCAUCGAGAAUCGGCAAUGAUGUAGAUCCAACAUUCGUGUUAACCUGGGGCUGGGAUUUAUAAAACAACAACAACAAAAGCCAUCAGCACUGCGGAAGUUUCGGUGUUUGCUAACAGAGUCCUGUGUUCAUAUAAACCUGCGUCUGUCAAAACAACUGGUGCUACAGCAGCCUAUGUGAUUUUCACUGCCAAUGGCUUCUAAAGAGUGGCAACAUCCUUAUGUCAAUAUAUUUAAACACGUUAAGGUCGAUGAAUGGAAAAAGUCUGGAAAACAGGGGGACGUGUCAACAUACAUGGACAAGACGCUCAAAUGUUCCGUGUUCAGAAUCAGAGGUUCUGUUCCUGCUAACAGCUUCAUCUUGGUCCCUAAGAACAGCAACCACUCUCUGGGCCUGACUGGGCGCUACUUCUAUCUUCUUUUUAGACCCAUUCCUGGAAGGUUCUUUGUGGUCCACCUUGAUGUUGUUGCAGAGGAGAGACGAGUGGUGCGCAUUUCCUUUUCAAAUAUGUUUAAAGAGUUCAAGUCAACAUCUACCUGGCUUCAGUUUCCCUUUCCGAGCGGAGCUGUCAAAGAUCCAGUCCACGGGAGCACAUGCAAAUUAGCAAGGCCAGGAUUGAUGGAGUCAGCCCCCACAUCAGUGCGCUGGACCUGCCUGACAUUAGACCUCCAGCACAUUCUCUCUGUUUAUUCCAGUCGUUCCUUCAGCCACCUGAAGGCCAUUAAGCUCUGUGCCAACAUGGCAGUUAAAAACAUGUUUACCAGCGACCUGCUGCUCAAUCCAGAACUUUCAUUCAGUGAAGCCAAACAGAGAGGGCUGGCUUCCUCACAGGGAACAGGUCCAAUGCCAAGAGAAAUGUCAUUUCCUGUGCCCAAGGGGAGCGCCUGGCACAAACUCUAUGACCAUGUCAUAUUUUCCUCGGAUGAAACUAAAUCACAUUUCAGUUCCACUGAGAGAAGUAGCGUAUGCAGUUCAAGGAGAAGCCAAAGGAGCUCCACUGUCAGAGGGUCUCCUGACCAGGUCACCCUCAGUCAAUCAAUUCAGCUUCCAAGAACUGAAACUCCAUCCGUGAACAACCUUCCUGAAGUGGGCGUCGUCUCCACUCACCAAAGUGAGGACUGCCUGGACAAUGAUUGUCAGGAGCAGAUGUCGUCAUCCAUCAGUUCCCAUCAGCCCACAUCCGGACCCAUUCAUUUUUCUGAAGACAGUGGGGUUCACGUGUUUGUGCAUACGAAGGACAACUGUAGCAAAGACGGGGAGAACAGCGAAGAAGAGUUUGUCUGUAGUUCAUCGCUGCAGUUGUCAGAGUCUAAAGAAACCAAACAACAGAAGCUCCUCCCAGACCCCAUUCUCAAACUUAAUCGCAUCAUCGGCUUUGGAGGAGCCACAACCAAACAUGCUCUGUGGACCAAAUCGGGUGACGCGGUGGUGUAUCCCUGUCACGCAAUUGUUGUUUCUAUGAAAAUAUCCACCAAGGAACAAAGGUUUUUCAUCGGUCACACUGAUAAGGUUUCUGCGAUAGCUUUGAAUGGAAACACAACACUUCUGGCCUCAGCACAGACUGGUCAACACAGUGUUGUUCGCGUCUGGAACUACCAGAAGGGAAACUGUCUGGCCAUGUUUAGGAUUCACGCUAAUUCACUCUCCUCUUUAAGCUUGUCACACAGCGGCAGUGUCUUGUGUGGAGUCGGUAAAGACAAACAGAACAAAACGAUGGUGGUGGUGUGGAACACUCAAAAUGUUACCAAGGGUGGAGAGGUGACCACGGUGGCCAAGGCUCACACUGAGGUGGACAUUCACACCAUGAAGAUUGCCUUCUUUGAUGACACCAGGAUGGUCUCUUGCGGUCGUGACAAUAUCCGUCUGUGGAGGGUGAGAAACGGAACGCUGCGUUCCUGCCCAGUGAACUUGGGUGAGUAUCACUCCCUGGACUUCACUGACGUGGCCUUUGAGGAAGGAAACACUUCUGCUGCACAUCCUGAAGAUCAAACACUAUUUGCCAGCAGCCGCAGCGGUCACAUUUUUGAGAUCGACUACAGCAGAGUGGUUGUCAGAAAUGUGAGGAGGCUGUUGCCUGCACAGCAGCAGCAUUUGGACCGCAGGGAGAAAUGGACUUUUAGUACAGGUCCAGGCAUUGCCAUCAACAGCAUCAGUGUCUCAUCAUCAUUCUGUGCUACGGGCUCUGAGGACGGCUUCCUGCGUCUCUGGCCCCUGGACUUCUCUGCUGUCUUCCUGGAGGCCGAGCAUGAAGGGCCUGUGAGUUUGGUUUCAGUCUCCUCAGACUCUCUCCAGGUCUUGGCAGCAACCUCCACUGGUAAUAUAGGGUUCUUGGACGUGACCAGCCGUGAUUACAACACUCUGAUGAGGUCACAUACAGACACUGUGCUGGGGUUCAGUGUGGAUGGCAUCCGUCGGCAUCUUACGACGGCCUCUGCUGAUGGAACAGUGCGCAUUUGGAACAUAGAUUCUUUACACCAGUUGUUCGAUUUUGUUCCCGAAGAUUGUCCGUGCUCUGUUGCCUUCCAUCCCAGUGAGCAGAUUUUCUCCUGUGGCUCCAGCUCCGGUGUCGUCAGGGUCUUCGACAUCUCCAUGGCCACGCUGUUGGCUGAGCAUACACAACACAGAGGUGAAAUAGUUGGUCUGGUCUUCUCUCCCAGUGGAGAAUUCAUGUACAGUGCUGACUCUGAAGGCUCUCUUACCCUUUACGACUCUUCUGAGGAAGACCACAGUGUGAUCAGGGUUGUGUGCAACGCAGUGGCUCGGGGCAUCAAGCGUGCUCCGGAUGCUCUGACAGUGAGCAGCGACGGCCGCUGUCUGGCAUUUGUCGGUCCCUCUGAAUAUAUAGUCACCAUCGCUGAUGCAAGCUGUUUGGAUGAGCUGCUGCAUGUAGACGUGAGUAUUUUGGACGUAGAGAGCCCUCAUCUGGAUUCUGCACUGAAGGUCUGCUUCUCUCCAGCCUCCGCCGAGCACUUGCUGGUUGCAACAUCUGCCAACAAAAUCCUAUGGGUCAGCACUAAGACAGGUCGACUCCUUCGAGAGAUUACUAAUGUCCACAAACACCAGUGUGCCUCCCUGGCAGUGAGUGAAGACAACCGAUUCCUACUCACAGCAGGACAUAAUGCCGUCAAAGUGUGGGAUUAUAACAUGCAGCUCCAUAUUAACUCACAGAUGUUCAUAGGUCACAGUCGGCCCAUCUGCCAGGUGAACUUCACCCCCGACCAGCUGGGAGUCAUCUCAGUGGGGGACGCCAUAUUUAUUUGGGACUUCUUGGGACAUUCUGUUCACUCUGUGAUUGAAAAUAGAAGAAGCCACAGCCCGACUCCAGUAUCAGCAAAAGCACAUGUUGAUGGAGUACACCUGUGUAAUGGGAUGCCUCGAAAGAAGGCUCCAUUCCCUUCUUCACCACCUCCAAAGCUGGAUUUCAGCAUAAUUGACCAAGCUGACCAGAGAACUCCUGGUUCGUCCUCCUUUUGUAAUGACACUGAGGUCAACGCUACUGUUCCAGUCCAACACGGUGGCUCAGGUUCUUCAUCCGCCUCCUUCCUUAAAGUUACAGAGCUUCAUACCACGCCUGCCUUGUGUAGCAGCCAUAUUGAAUAUAAUUUUCAAGGAAGGAGUCCAGUACGUCCAGAUUGUUACAAGCACUUUAUACCACGUUUUAAGAACUCCACUCUUGACCUGACUGCUGUGACGCCCCCUCCGGGAGAAGAGGGCAUUAGGCUAAAAACAGUCAUUGGCUACAACGGCAAUGGACGAGGCAACAUGGUGUGGAGCCCUGACCAAGGCUUAUUUGCGUACUCUUGUGGUUGUAUGGUGGUGGUGGAGUUCCUUGACUCUGGCUGUCAGAGACACUUGCAGGGACACAGUGAGGAGAUUUCUUGUCUUGCUAUCUCAAAUGAUGCCAAGACAUUGGCCUCAGCAGCUGCCAGCAGUAACGGCACCCAGAGUAUCAUCUGUAUCUGGGACGUUCAGAGUGGAACUCGCCGUAAGGAAAUUUCCCACCACGGAGGGAUGGUGCAGAGUCUGGCCUUUUCUAGGGACGAUCGCUUCUUUCUGUCUGUAGGAGAUUUUUCGGACCCAAAAGUAUCUCUGUGGAGCAGCAACACCUUCCAGCUUCUUUCCAGUGUGAGUGUCUCCGGCCCUAUCCACGAUGCAGCCUUCAGUCCUUCAUCAGCCAGCCAGUUGGCCUGUGUGGGCAGCCACGGGCUUUACUUCUUCCACAUUCACACCCAUGGCCUGGAUGUUGACUUCAAGGGUCAGAAGGUGAAAGCUCCAGAGGAGGUCGGUGAUGUAGAACUGACGGCACUGUGCUACCACAUGGACUCCAUUCUGUUCACUGCCACUAAUCAGGGACACGUUUGUGUGUGGGACAUUAACACACAGCGGUGUUUCAUGACCUGGGAGGCUGAUGAGGGGGAGAUUGGAGUGCUUUCGUGUCGAGGGAACUAUCUGUUGACAGGCAGCAACACCCGCUGGUUGCGACUGUGGGAGAUGGAAGCUGUGCAGAGAUUCCAGCCUGAGGUCAAGGACUGCAAUCUGAGAGACAGUGUUGACACAGUUACACUGGAGCAGGAGCUAAUGUUGGACGGGACAGUCGUCAGUGCAGCGUUUGAUAACACAAUGGACAUGGGUAUUGUUGGAACCACUGCUGGAACUCUCUGGUACAUCAGCUGGUCUGAUAACAAAAGUAUACGGCUGGUCAGUGGACACAAGACUAAGGUGAACGACGUGGUAUUUAGCAGUGAUGAGACUCAGUUCGCCACCUGCAGUGAGGAUGGCAGUGUGAGAGUGUGGUCAGUCCCCAGUAAUGAACUAGUGGUGCAGUUCCAGGUUCUCAACCAGGCCUGUGGCUGUGUGUGCUGGAGCCAGUCAUCCAGUAAGGACACGUCAUGUGUUGCUGCCGGAUACAGUGAUGGGACGCUGAGGACCUUCAACCUGUCGUCUACAGAGAUGGAGAUGAAGCUGCAGCCUCAUCAAGUAGCCAUUACUGCCAUCCAGUACUCAGCCAACGGUCACGUGAUCCUCUCCGGCGCAAAGAAUGGACUGGUCGCUGUCAGCAGUCCAGUGAAUGGAAUGACUAUCCGUGUCAUUAAGGACCACAAAGGAGCACAGAUUACCACCAUCCAGUCUGUUAACACAGAGUGUCCAAGUCCUGGACUUGGAGGAAAUGAGAUGCUGCUGACGUCCAGCGCUGACAGACGGGUCAGCGUGUGGGCUGUGGAUUGGCUGAAAGAAAAGUGUGAUCUACUGGAUUGGCUGACGUUUCCUGCUCCCAUCUAUAAUGGGGAUGACAGUCCUCCCCCCAGUCUGGCCGCCUUUUGUCCAGCAGACCCCAGCUUGCUAGUCUACACUGGCUACGGAGUGGAGAAGGAGUUGUCCUUCUAUAGUCUGACUCAGAAACAGAUAAUCAAAAAGAUUGCACUACCUCACUGGGCCUCAUGCUUUUCUCUGGCCUCUAAGAAUCAGCUCAUAGCUGUGGGAUCGAAAGAGCGAGUUGUGAAGUUAAUCAGGUGGAGCAGUGGGAGGUUUCAGGACUUUGUGCAGCACAGUGACUCUGUGCAGACGUGUCAGUUCUCACCCUCUGGGUCGCUUCUGUUCACUGUGGCCCAUAAUGAGAUCCUGCUGUGGGACGUGCGUGGCCUCUGAGGGUGACAAACUGAUUAUUAAUAUCAGUCUGUCUCCUGGCUUCAUAUUUGGGUCAUUGUGCAAUUUUACCUUUUUUUUUCCCCAAAUAAACAUUUUAGUUGUGUUUA